UUAAAGCUACAUCUCAGCCUAAUGCAAAUGUUUCUUGAAAACAACCACGUAGAUUCAGCCCCAGCACCCUCCAUACAGACCCUCCAGGAGGGACCACUAACGGAGAGGAGCAGGGUAACGUUCACCUGCAGGGCCUUUGCACCCUGUCCCACCCAGCCGCCUCACCUGAGCUGGAACCAGUCAGGAGGCCCUGAGGGUCGGCGGGAACCGCACGGAGACCAAGAGCCUAACGUCAGGACCCGGCGGCUGAAUAUCACUCUGUCAGACCGACAUCACGGGGUCCGCCUCACCUGUCUGGCGGAGUAUCCGGUGAACGACCCAGCAGGCGGGCCCAGCAACAGAACAGCAGAGAGCGUCGUGACGCUCAACGUUUCCUAUUCCCCGAAGGAUACCCAGGCCUCCGUCAGCCCCCCCACGGUGUCGCUGGGCAGUGUGGUCAACCUGACGUGCACCAGCAGAGCCAACCCCCCCGUUCUCCGGUUCACCUGGUUCAGGAGCAGUGCGGAGGGACCCCUGAACGUGUCAGAUGGAUCUUUGUACAGCUUCAAUGUGUCCAGCUACAGAGACAUCUACUACUGCGUGGCCACGAAUCCCUUGGGAAACCAAACAUCAGAAGAGAUUAAGCUAACUAUCAGUGGUGAAAGCGGUAAAUCAACUUCUUCACAUAGAUAGACCCUAUAAUAAAACCUU